AUGUCCGCCAACCCGCGCGUCGACCCCCCGCCAUCGGCCUACCGCCCCGCCACGGCGCGCAUCCAACCGCGCAAGCCCGAGAGCUUCGUGCCGGCCGUGCAGCGCUGGUCGGCCCUCCUCCCGCCGACGCUAGUAGUCGGUACGUUCGGGGUACAAGCGCGCUCGCUGGUCCCCGACAGCCCCUUUCUGGGCUGGGCGCGCGAUGCCCUCGCCCCCUCCGCCGCCGACGCGCCAUGCACGUCCGACCACGCCCGCCACACCGACGCAGCGGGGUACACGCACCACGUAGUGGUGGCGUACUGGCGCGAUCCGGCGGCGUACGCGCGCUGGGCGGCGGCGCACGAGGGGUUUUGGGACGCGGCGGCCGAAGCAAGAGAAGAGGGGGAGGGUGUCUAUCGCGAAGUCCUCAGCGUGCCUGCCGACCGCGCCGAAACAAUCUUCUGGCCCGACUAUCCCGGCGGGCUGAUGUGCGACGCCGACACGCCGCUCUACCCCACCCCGUACUGCGGGUACUAUGGGGCGAUGCGGGACCGUUUGCCUGCUGCAGGGGACGACGCGCUCGCGGGCCCAGCGCUGGACACCGGCGCUGGCGCGACGCGGGACACACGCGGGCGGCGGCGCGUGCGCGUGCCACAGAACAUCGCGGUUAUACGCUCCGCGCAUACAUGGCAGUUCAUGGACGCGGAGCAGCGCGCGGACUACGAGCGCCGCUUGCGGCCGCCGCUCGAUCGCGGCAUGGCGUACCUGUCCACGCCGGAGAGCGGGUGCCUCUCCCUCCGCUGGCUUACCGUCACGGAUGAGCGGGGCGCGCCGCGGCCGGAGGCGCACGCGACGGCAUACUUUGCUUCGCUCGGGCAUAUGGAGGCGUGGGCAGAGGGACACCGCACCCACGCGGCUAUCUUUGGUGCGGCUGUCGCAAGGUAUAAGCACUACGGGGCGAGUAAUCAGCUGCGCACGUGGCACGAGGUCUUCAUCAUCCCCGAAGGACAGGUGUUCGAGUAUAUCAACUGUCAUCCGCAGACAGGGCUGCUGCCGUACUUCGACAGCGAGCGGGUGGAGUAG